UUCUCAGUUUCUUCUCGAAUCUCUCCUUCUCGCUUUUCCCAACUUUCUUCUUCUUCCUCUCUUCUCUUUGAAUAUCCCUCUCUUCUUUUCAUCUUCAAUACUCAACUUCUCUAAUGCUCCUUUGAUUCCUUCACUGCUUUCACCUUUUGGAAACCAACGAGCCUUUCAGCUUUUCAUUCAGAUAAUUAAUGGGGGUUAAUAUGGAGAAUAGUGCGCAUGGGACUGUACCAGAGUGUGGUGCAAUUUUUAUGUCAAAUUGUGUGACCAGAGCAGAAUGCUUCAGAAGGAAGUUAUUUGGUCUUCCAUAUUGGUUAGGCGACUUUGUGCUACAAAUUAAAUCUGGGAUGAUUUUAUUUCUGUUUGAAUACGAGAAUAGAGUGCUUCAUGGUGUAUUUCAGGCAACUUCAGAUGGUGCAAUGAACAUUGUGCCCCAUGCUUAUAGCUCAUCAGGGCAGAAAUUCCCUGCCCAGGUUAAGUUCUCUAUACUUUGGUCCUGCAAUCCAAUUUUCGAAGAUCGCUUUCAAAGUGCCAUAAAAGACAAUUACUUUUCAGCUAAGAAAUUCAACUUUGGGCUAUCUAGAAUGCAGGUUCAUAGGCUUUUAUCUCUGUUUAGUUUGACAAAAUUUAGUGAUCAACUCCAUACGAGACAGUUAAGCAGUGAUCCAUUCGAGUGUUCAAGUGAUUACUUGAUUUGUGAAAGCCAAAGUGUUGCUGAUGGUAAUGGGCCUAUAUUGAAUGAGAGGUUACAAGGGAAACUAAUGGAGGGUGAAGACCAAGUUAAUUCUAUGCAGGAAAGUGCUCCUCUUUCCCAUUAUAAUAUCAGAAAUAUAAUUCCUACCAAAGAAAGUGCAGUAUACUGUCCUUAUAUGGUUACCAGAAACCCCACCUGUAGUUCUGGUUGCCUAGGCGGGGCUCAAAUCACAACGCCCAGCCUCCACAGCCAAUCAGACUGCAUGAAUAGCAUGGCUCUCCAAUCGUCUGUAUAUUUUGAAAACAUUAUAGUUCCUUCUAUAACUCAAAGUCAAAUAAAUGUGUCAUGUUCUAAUCCUAACUUACUUCCUUUGCCUAUACGAGAGUUUGAACAUGAUGGAAGCUUGAGAAGGUCUAUCGUAACUAGCGAGUACCCGUCCAAUGGACUGAAUGAUUCCUUUUUCUCAUAUCAGAAUGAGCAGGGCUUAACAAGGCAGGAAAACAUGGAAAUAUAUGUUCCUGUGACAAAAGAAUUUCCCAGUCAAUUACCUUUUGACUCUGUUGUAGUUUCAAGCAUGCCCUCGAUUGAGCAUACAGCAGCGAACCAUGGACAGGAGUGCUAUGGAUCUUCCAAAAGCAUAUAUUCUGAUCAUGAAAGAAAGGGCAAUGUGUUUUCUCGCUUAUCCUAUCCAUCUGAUGCAAGCCUACAAGAAUAUAAUGGCUGCAAUCAUGAGAUGCUUUUUCUUGAUCCAUCUGUUCUUGAAGUUAGCGGGCAAUGGAAGAAAACUGACCAUGAAGUGCCACGUCCAAAACCCAAUGCUGGUCGGAACUUUGUGAAGAAAAAAUGCACAAAAUCUUUGUUAAGUUCAUAUAGUAAUUGCUUUCAAGUGUCAGAUGAACAUGGGGCAAUUAAUGAGGACAGUAUAGGUGGUAACAGUGACCAUAGUGCUAUAGAGAUUCCAUUUGUGAAUUUCAAGCGGCGAAGGAAACAUCUCAAAGUUGAGCACUGCACCCCAACUGGAGGGGAAUUGUCAGGUCUGCAACAGAAAAGAAAAAAGUUGAUUCGACCGAGCUUUGCCUGUAGUGAGUUGCAUGAUUCUGGAGAUACCAACAUUGUUUCCCCAAGUUUAUGUGGACCGAGCUUUGCCUGUAGUGAGUUGGAUGAAUCUGGAGAUACCAACAGUAUUUUCACAAGUUCAGGAGGCAUGUCAAUGGUUAGAGUCUUACGAGGAAAGUCUAAUAUCAAUCAUAUAAAUGAAACAGAUAAGGCAGAGAAAUUAUAUCCAGCUGUUGAAUUGCCAGAUACUAUUUGGCUUGUUGAUGACGACGAAAAGAAUAUUGAUAUUGAAACUGUAGCGACAGCCGAGAAUUGUUGCGAAUUGAAUAAAAUCUCUGAAGAUAAGAUAGCAUCCUCAAAUUAUAUUAGUAAUAGUGACCUAAAUAUUACCUCUAAAGAUCUUAUUGUAAAGGAGAGUUGUAAAAGUACUCAUAAUUGUUCAACUUCAGAGAAUCACAUGAAGUUCCAAAAUCUGAAUAAUUCUGGUUUAUGUCGACAAGAGUUGUCCUUGGAAAGUUCUGAAGUAAAUACUGGGAAUAGUUUUAUAAGGUUUAAUGAAGGCGGCAAUAGAUGCAAUGCAAAGGAAUUAAUUUUAAGUGUGAAAAUUGCCGAACCAUUUCAUGGUCCUGUAGCUGUGAUAGAAAGCUCAGUUAAAAGCUCAAGCCCUUUGAACUCAGACUCUGAAAGUGCUUCUGAAGAUGUUAUUGAGAGAAGGAAGGAAAAUAAUGAAAAUGAGGAGUCAUGACCCAGAACCGAAGUAUGAUUCGGACGGUUCAUUUAACCUGUUUUCCAGUGUUUCUACUAUGAAACAUUGUGUUUUUUUUAAUGAAAUAGAAUGAAACUGUUUUUUUCUUGUUGCAACAGCGAUGUUGAAAAUGCUUCUUGGUAGUGACACAUGAAAAUAGGAAUCUGAAUCACACUGACUGACUGACUGAUGGAUUAAAGAGCAGAGUUUACAGGUAAUUUUUUGAACGUACAAACAUGGUGGUUUGUUCUUCAUGGGAUAGUUGGGUGUAGUUACCAUUAGUGUGGUAAAAGUUAUUGUUGAAGUUUUUGUUAUAUUUUGAAGCAUGAAAUGUAGUUGGGAAAGUUUAGAUUAGAACUGAUAAUGUUGUAGAAAUGGAGCUGGUGUUUUUCUCCAUGAUCUGACAAUCUCAUGUUGGGGGGAUACCUUAAUCUCUCCCUUUUUGUAUAAAAUUUCUUUUUUGAAUACAAUUACUGAGCUCUCUAUGCAAAAAAAGAAAAGUAGGAUUCCUUGCCGUCAUGUAUGUAA